GACCCUCCCUGCUGGCGCCGCCGAGGGCGAGGCCUACCUUUUCUUCGACGGCGGGACUCGCAGCGGGGACAUCCCGCCGUACAGGGUAAACAAGCUGAUGGCGCAGGCCGACGUCUUCCAGGCUGGGCUUGUGCCGCCGGUGGACGCUGCACCUGAGGGCGGCGCCCGCGACGCGGGCGGGGCCCCCGCGGCGGCGGGCCCCCUCGCGCCGGCUGCGCGGCAAGCAACCGCCUGCGCUGGCCGCCCUGGAGGACGCGAGGCGCCGCCCGCGGAGGUGGCUGUCGCUGGAUCGCAGGGCAUCGCGGUCGUCCAGGGCGUGGGCGUUCACGUCGAGUGGGUCGAGCUCGAGCAGCUGGACGGCUACGCCGAGGCGCGAGUUGCUCAGCUGCGGCGCGCGCUGUGGUCGCCUCCGCCUAGGGCGCAAGUGCAGGGCGGCGAGGGCCUGGGCGAGGCAAUCGUGACGGCCCAGGCGCUGGUCAGCCGGGCCCAGCGGUCGCUGCGGUCCAAGGCGGACAACGGUGUCUGGCUGAAGGGGCAGCUCGGGCGGCUCGACAGCCCGGCGCUCGAGGCGCUCGUCAAGGACAUCUUCGCCGAGAAUGGCGUGCUCAAGGUGAAGCCCAGCGACGCGAUGGCGCGGCUGGCUCGCCUGGGAGACGCCUCGGACGCAGGGCAGGCCAAGAGCGAUGGUGGCGCUCGCGUGCUGGCCAUCUGCCAUCUGCAGGACUCCCCUUGGCAUCGGGCGCCGCGACUUCAGUGCGUCCGUCGAGGCCAUGCAGGAGUCGUCUUGGGUGGAUUGGCCUCUGAGAGGCCCGCGUUCGCGCCGUCGUUCAUCGUCGAGCACUUCCAGACUCCUGAGCAGCGGCGCGCUCGAUUCCUGGCCGCUGCGGGGCUCCAGCCGACGGGCGUCGGCGUGGGCGAGCGCGCGGAGGUGAUGAAGAUGCUGUAUUUCGGCGCG